AUGGAAGAGAAGUCGAGGAAACCCGAAGGGUACACGCCGUUCAAGCAGCAGAAGCUCAAGGCGUGGCAGCCGAUCCUCACGCCCAACUGGGUCAUUGGCACGUUUGCGGUCGUCGGGCUCAUUUUCAUUCCCAUUGGGGUCGUGCUGCACACCGAGUCGGACAAUGUCGUGGAAUACUCGAUCCAGUAUGAUGGAGCCGACACGACGCCAUCAUCGAACGUUGUGGACAUUGGUAGUGGCUGCUACAUGAGCGAAGAGAGCCAGGGUGAUCUGUUUGACGUGGACGAACGUGGCUGCCGCAUCAUUUUCACGAUCGGGCAAGAGAUGCGCGCGCCCGUGUACUUGUACUACCAGCUGGACAAUUUCUACCAGAACCAUCGUCGCUACGUGCAGAGUCGGAGCGAUGCACAGCUUCGUGGAGAUGCUACGGCCAGUACCAGCGACUGCUCGCCGCUGACGACAUCUGGAGUAGGAGUUUCGAAGUACAACUCGACGGCGGCGACGCCAAUUGGCAACAACGAGACGAACUACAGACUCAUGCCGUGCGGAUUGAUCGCCAACAGUUUGUUCAAUGACAUUUACUGGGUGAACCGGCUGGAGACGGGCGGCCGUACGUACUACCAGAACGAUACGUACCAAGGCAAGACGCUGGUGAACUUGGUGGACCAGACGGGCAUCGCGUGGAAGUCGGACGUCGAGACCAAGUUCAAGAACAUUGACUUGGGUGCUCUUGCGGAUCCUGACAAUACCAUGAUGAUUUGGCAGAAUCCGCGCUACCGCUACAUCGUUCCUAUGUUUAAGGGUCAAGCACCCAUUGCGAACAAAACAGCAUGGACGACUAAUGCACCUGCGUUUGGCGUCCAAGAUGAGCACUUUAUCGUUUGGAUGCGUACGGCCGGUCUACCGAGCUUUCGAAAGCUAUACGGCCGCAUUGAUACUGAUCUGCCGGCGGGCACGGAACUCGAGUUUUUGGUCUCCAGCAACUUUGUGGUAAGCACGUUUGAGGGCAAGAAGUCGAUCGUGAUUUCGACGACGUCAUGGUUUGGUGGUCGAAACCCGUUUCUCGGUAUCGCGUACAUCAUCGUUGGUGCGCUCUGCAUGGUGCUGGCCAUUCUAUUCUUUGCCAAGCACAAGCUCAGUCCGCGUAAGCUGGGUGACACGCGGUACCUGGUGUGGAAGAACAACCACUAG